CUCUGAUACAUAUCUUCACUCUCGCGUCGCUCUUCUGCCUUGUUCUUCUUCUACAAGCAUCGACAGUCUCGUAUCAGUCGCCAAGAUGGCCACUGCUGCUCCAGUAGGCGUACUGCCAGUCGCAAACUUCAACAUCGAUUACAAUAGUGAACUCGAGGGAAUCGAGGAUUUCCUGUCGCGUUACGUUCGUGAUAGGUCUUCUCGGACCAGACGGAGAAGACGUCAAGAGGAGACUCAGGAGCUGCCCUCUGAUGACGAUGACGAGGCAGAGUCUCUCGCGGACGAAGUGGAAGAUCUGGACGUUCAGCCUGGGAGGAGUAAAGCCAAGUACAUGAAGAUCUUGCGCAAGAUUGCCAACCGUCAGACCUCUGAGAUAGUCAUCGACCUGGCCGAUUUGAAAGAGUUCAAAUCUGAUCACACGCUUCUCCACAACAUCAUGAGCAAUACUCGCCGGUACAUUCAACUCUUCUCUGAAGCGAUCGACAAGCUCCUGCCAGAGCCUGAUGCGGACCUCGACCACACGGACGACGUUCUGGACCUUAUCAUGCAGCAGAGACGGCAGAUAAACGAACAGAUGGAGAAUGGAGAGAGGGAAGGUGGCAUGUUCCCUCCAGAGCUGAUGCGCAGAUACAAUGUCUACUUUAGGCCGCAUCAAGAGGCUCUCGCUGUCCGCGCUGUUCGCGCGUCUCAUCUCGGGCACCUUAUCACUGUCCGAGGCAUCGUCACUCGAGUAUCAGAAGUCAAACCUCUCCUUCUCGUCAAUGCCUACACUUGCGAUGUGUGUGGAAAUGAGAUCUUCCAAGAAAUCGCCUCCAAAUCCUUCACUCCCCUCGCCUCUUGCCCAUCUGAACAGUGCGUCAAGAACCAAACAAAUGGUCGACUGCAUAUGCAGACUCGCGCUUCCCGAUUCAGACCGUUCCAAGAAGUCAAGAUUCAAGAAAUGGCCGAUCAAGUACCUGUCGGCCAUAUUCCCAGAUCCAUGACUGUUCACUUGUAUGGCACCUUGGCGCGAUCAGUCAAUCCGGGAGAUGUGGUCCAUAUCAGCGGCAUCUUCCUGCCUACUCCCUACACUGGAUUCCGUGGUAUGCGUGCGGGCCUUCUACAGGACACUUUCCUCGAGGCUAUGCAUGUGCACCAGCUCAAGAAGCAGUAUCACGCCAUGGAGCUCACACCAGAGAUCAGCGCUGCCAUUCACGAUCUGCAGGACGAUUCGAAUCUGUACUCUCGCCUCGCCAAUUCAAUCGCCCCUGAGAUCUAUGGGCACGAGGACGUCAAAAAGGCAUUGCUAUUGUUGCUCGUUGGAGGUGUGACCAAGACCGUGGGAGAUGGUAUGAAGAUCCGAGGUGAUAUCAAUGUCUGUCUCAUGGGUGAUCCUGGUGUGGCCAAGUCUCAGCUUCUCAAAUACAUCACCAAAGUGGCUCCAAGGGGAGUGUACACGACUGGUCGGGGAUCAUCUGGUGUCGGUCUCACUGCGGCCGUCAUGAGGGAUCCCGUGACGGAUGAGAUGGUGCUAGAGGGAGGAGCGCUUGUCCUUGCCGACAACGGUAUCUGCUGCAUCGACGAGUUUGACAAGAUGGACGAAUCAGAUCGUACAGCUAUCCACGAGGUCAUGGAGCAGCAGACCAUCUCGAUCUCCAAGGCUGGUAUCACUACAACACUCAACGCCCGGACUUCGAUCCUUGCCGCCGCUAAUCCUUUGUAUGGACGAUACAACCCCAAAGUCUCGCCCGUCGAAAACAUCAACCUUCCAGCUGCCCUUCUCUCCCGAUUCGAUGUCCUCUUCCUAAUCCUCGACACUCCCACCCGUGAUGAUGAUGAGCGCCUGGCUCAACACGUCACCUACGUUCACAUGCACAGCGAACCUCCUGAGCUCGACUUUGACCCCAUUGAGCCCACCCUCAUGCGACACUACAUUGCCGAAUGCCGCAAGAUUCGUCCCAUUGUCCCACCCGCCAUGUCCGAAUACAUCGUCUCCUCCUAUGUCCAGAUGCGGAAACAGCAAAAGGAGGACGAAGCCGAGGACAAGUCGUACACCUAUGUCUCUGCACGUACUCUCUUGGCUGUUCUGCGUCUCUCACAAGCGCUUGCUCGCCUGAGAAUGGACGAGACCGUCGGCCAGGGUGAUGUAGACGAGGCUCUCCGUUUGAUGGAUGUUUCCAAAUCGUCCCUUUACGAAUCACAACGGACAGGCGAGGAUCAGACGGACACCUCGAAAAUCUUCCGCAUCAUCAAAGACAUGUCAAAGGACGAAGAAGACGACCUCACUAUGCUCGAUGUUCGUGCUCGUGUCUUGGCCAAGGGCUUUACAGAGACUCAACUUAUGGACGUUGUACUAGAGUACGAAAACAUGGGCGUGCUCAUGCGCACUGCUAAUGGAACGAGGAUACGAUUUGUGGCUGCAGACGAUUUCUAGGAUGCAUAUGUUUUACACUCUCAA